ACGAGGAGGGCAAGGACGUGCCCGAGCACGGCGUGCUCCAGAUGAAGGCCAACUUCACGCUGCCCGAGGCGGGCGAGUUCCUGGAGGCCGUGCAGUUUGUGGAGCUGCAGCGGGACGAGGCGGCGGCGCUGGUGCGGCUCUACAACCUGGAGGGACAGCGCGCCGCGGCCGCAGCGGUGACCACGGCAGUGACCACCGGAGUGACCACGGGAGUGACCACGGCAGUGACCACAGUGACCACGGGAGUGACCACCGGGGUGACCACAGCAGUGACCACAGUGACCACUGGAGUGACCACGGGAGUGACCACGGGAGUGACCACAGGAGUGACCACAGUGACCACUGGAGUGACCACGGGAGUGACCACAGUGACCACGGGAGUGACCAAUGGAGUGACCACAGUGACCAAUGGAGUGACCACACCAGUGACCACAGCACUGACCACAACGCUGACCACAGCACUGACCACAGCAGGGUCCGGCCGCGGUGCCCGGCCCGAGCGCGGCCGCCCUUCCGGAACCUUCCACGGCUCCCGGGGACACCGCGGCUUCCAAGGGGCGGGGAACGGAACAGGGUCCCCCCGGGGGGGGCUCCCUCUCCCCCCCCCUCGCUGGGGCGCCGCCCCUUCCCCACCCCCGGGCGGGGGGAGCCCCCCCAGAGCCGCCCCCUCCCCCACGGCCGCCUACGGACAGCACGGACGGCGGUGGCAGCGCCGGGACCCCCAGAGCCCCCCCUGGCCGCCCUCGCCCGGCUCGGGGUGACCCCAAAAAAUCCCCAAAAAUCCCCAAAAAAUCCC